AUGGCAUUUCGAACCCCAGAAGACGAGGACACCGACGAGUCCAUCGUCACCCUGCGCGGCCCGGUGUUGACAGCUGCGGAGGAGCAGAAGAAGUGGCUGCAGGAGGCCCUCAUCGCCGUCGAUCGCAAAGGUGGCAUCAUGCGCAACUCCAUAGAAGCCAAGGAAAACAUAAUAGUGGUGAUUCGCGCCGCUGCGCAGAUGCUGGAUGAGCUGCGCACAAACCUGCUGGAGCCGCAAAACUACUACGAGCUCUACAUGAGGGUGUUUAGCAUGAUGGAAACAUUUAUGGAGUACCUCGAGGACGAGUACCGCGCAAAGCGGCACACCCUGGAGGAGAUGUAUGAGCGAGUGCAGUUCUGCGGCUACAUUGUACCUCGGUUGUACCUCCUCAUUGCGGCUGGUGCUGUGUAUAUCAAGGAUGGCGAUCAUCCCGCCCUCGAUAUUGCGCGAGACUUGGUGGAGAUGUGCAAGGGUGUGCAACACCCGACCCGCGGGUUGUUUCUACGGCACUUUCUGCUGACGAUGAUGAAGGGCAAACUGCCGGGUGACCCAAACCGACUGGCCAGCGACGUCCGGAAUGGGGCCACGGAGGAUGGCGGCACGGUGACGGACACCGCCAAUCUACUCGUGCAGAACUUCAAGGAGAUGAACUGGUUGUGGAUUCGCAUGGAGGCAGGGAGCUACGCCAACCGCAACGGCGGCAGCACAAACAGUGUCACCGCCGGAAGCCCGACUACUGCCGUACUGCCGGCCCCCUCGCCUCCACCGACUGUGUCGAUCGCCGCCUCGUCAUGGUCGCCCGACACCGGCACACACCCGGGCGCGCCACUUGGCUUGCCGCAGCGGUCGCUUCGUGCGGCGCGCCGCACGCAGCAGGAGCGCCGUGCCAUGUGUGUCCUCGUCGGCAUCAAUGUGGUUCGUGUGGCACAGCUGGACGGCAUCAGUCGUGAUGUCUACGCGAACACAAUACUACCGCAUCUUCUGUCCAUCAUGGUACGCUACUGCGAGCCGUUGGCGCAGCAGUACCUCUUCGAGGUACUCAUUCAAGUCUUCCCGGACGAGUUCCAUCUCUUCACGAUCGACAAGCUCUUCGGUGCCAUCACUCGCACUGUCUCUGGAGUCGAGGUGACCGAGCUGCUCCGCUCGCUGAUGGAGCGGCUCUGCAAGUACGCCAUGGCUGUGCAGGACGGCGUGGCGGAUGUGUCGAGUCCUGAAGAGGAGGCGAAGCUGCGCGAUCUGUUCCCGAUGCUGCUCACCCAGUUGAGUGGCAUGCCCAUCUCGUACAAAACGCACAUGCUCACCAACACCGUGAUCAAGCGCACCUCGUCCGUACCGCCGCCGACGCCCAUGAUGUUGGGUGCGUACGUGACGACUAUGCGGCAUCUUGUGGACGUGGCCAUGGCGCUCUAUGGAAGGUCGACGAAGCGCCGCUUCAUGUCGCUGUCAAAUAUUAUCGAUGUUGCAGCUGCCAAAUUCUCCGCGUCAACAGCGGACCCGUCAGAGGCGAUGAACGGGGCCGAGGCUGCAACUGCAGCGGCGGUGUCAACAGCCGCCUCCAUCAGCCCAGCGGCGGCCCUCGCGGCGGGCCAGUUCCUCGUCCACGUCAUUACAGGGUGCUGUGCGACAGUGCAAGAGGUAAUGGCCAUGGAAGGCAUUGCGACUCUCACGUCGUGCCUGCCGUUCCUGCAGAGGCGCGAAGUGGCCAUAGCGGUGUGCGAGGUAGCCCUGCGUGGCAGCACGGCCGCGCCGGUGCUGCCGUCGGUUAGCAAGGCAGCAAGUAGUGGCGCCGGUAGUGGUGGUUUGAAGUCCGCGGCGGUGGUCACAGCGCCGCCGCCUUUAUCGCGUCCAAUAACGACUCUGGAGGACGUCGCGCGCCUCUUCGAGCUGCUGGACCCGUUCCUUGUCGAGCAGCCCGACGCCCCAUCUGACCUAGGGCUCAUCUACAGGUACAACCCGAUCGUGGAGUUUGUGGAGGAGCAGAACCUCGUGUGCCGCAUUCUGCACCUCCUCUCCAACGAUGACCCGGCCGUCUACACAAAGAUGCUGACAGGCGCACGUAAGGCUCUUCUGCAGGGCGGUGCGCGGCGCAUUCCGCUCACCUACCCGACCCUGAUGACGCUGCACAGACGCGCAGCGCUGCGGCUCUAUGCCCAAUAUCAGCGCGCCGCCUCCUCGAACAGCAAGUCCGACGAGGGCGAGCGGGACGGCGACGACGCUGCCACAGCGGCAGCGUCGCAAGCGAUGAAGGCGGUUCGCAAGUGUUUUAGCCACAUGCACUCGGGGGACAGCAAGGGCAUUCUCGAGGUGUUCGCGGUGGAGGCGCCUGUGGAGGCGCUUAAAGAGUACCUGCGCUGCUCCAACACGGCCGAUGUAUGCGAGCAGCCAGAGACCAGCUACGAGCUCUACGUCGCGGCGCUGACGCUGUACGAAGGUCAUGUCGAGGAUACUCGUGAGCAAAUUGACAGCCUUGUCGCUUGCGUGAACUCCAUCUAUCAGAUGCGCCACAUGGCGGAGGAAAACUACGAAGUGCUGGCGGCGAGGAUUUGUCAGUACGCGUCGAAGAUGCUCAAGAAGCGUGACCAGAGCUACCUCAUCGCCAUUUGUGCAGCGCUCUUCGCAAAGAAGCAACUCUCUCGCGAGAGCCAGGAGCGCGUGCAGGAGUGCCUGCGGCGGUCGCUGAAGUUAGCGGGGCAAGUUCUUGCCCUUGCACAACUAGAGCUGUACGUGCAGCUGCUGAACAUCUUCCUGCGCUUCUUCACACCCAAGAGCGGCUACCUGGUGUCUGUCGAGCUUGUGAAUGAGUUGAUCGAGAAGAUCUCCGAGACGAGCGAGGUGCAGCGCAGCGAAGUCAGCGGCGACGGCAACCGCAGCGCCGUCGAUAACGAGGAGAGGGACAAGGCAGCCAACACGUUCGCUAACAUCCGCCUUUUCUACCGAAACAUUACAAAGUACAUCCGCUCUCGUCAGAGCGUGGAGGAGCGAUGGAACGAAAUCGACGUGUGA